UGAGGCUGUGUUAGAAAAACAGUGACAUCUUGUGGCUAAACCGCAGAAUGUCAGUCAAAACAUUAAUUUACUUCCACACAAUCAGUGUUCAAACAAUGAGAGCUGUUUCCCCAUCUCACACGGACACAGUGGAUCACCGAUCACUGAUCAUCAGGGCACUGUGUAGCCCCAGCAGUGCCACCUGUCAGUGUCCAUCAGUGCCUUAUGUCAGUGCUCUUCAGUGCCUCAUGCCAGUGCCCAUCAGUGCCACAUAUCAGUGCCUACCAGUGCACAUCAAUGCCACAUAUCAGUGCCCACCUGAGCUGCCUUUCAGUGGCACCUAUCAGUGCCAGUCAGUGCCACCUAUCAGUGCCAGUCAGUGCUGCCUAUCAGUGCCAGUCAGUGCUGCCUAUCAGUGCGCAUCAGUGCCAGUCAGUGCCGCCUAACAGUGCCAGUCAGUGCCGCCUAACAGUGCCAGUCAGUGCCGCCUAUUAGUGCC